AUGGGCAGAAAACCUCUUAGGGCGAUGCCGAGUCGGGGGGCAGUGGGAAUGACUAUGGCGGUGGCGGUGUGGAUGGGGCUUGCGGGCGUGCUGGCGGGGCUGGUGGCGUGGAGGGUGCAGAAGGGCUUCGACGACAAUCGCAAGGCGGAGCUCGACACCUGGUGCGCCGGUCGCGCGCGCUCGCUGCAGCAGCAGUUCAUGCUCACCGCCGACCACGUGCAGGUGCUGGCGGGGCUGGCGACGGUGUUCGGCGGCGUGAGGACCAACCCCUGGGCGGUGGGCAGCUGUCUCACGCAGCGGCGCUUCGUGCACCUCGUGGAGCGCACAGUGGCGGCACAGCCAUGGGUGCACGCCGUGGGGUACAUGGCCGUCAUCAACGGCUCUGACAGGGCGGCCUUUGAGCAGCAGGCGCAGUGCAAGCUGUUGGACAUUCUGGGCAAGCCAGCCCCGGAGGCAGACUGGUACAUGAACUCGCGCGUGUGGUUCCAGGAGAACCCGCCCAUACCGCUGCUCAAGUUGACGUCCACGUGUGUCAACGUGCGCACACACCCCUCGUACGGCCCCGGGCUCUCCCGCAUGCACCAGCUGCCCGCCAACCAGCUCAACAUGCCCUACGUGCUGGACAAUGGCGAGGCUGGCAUGGGCAUGGGCUUUCCAAUCUUCAGGGACGGCGUCACCACGUCGUCGCCGCUGGAGGAGAGGCGAGCAGCGCUGGUGGGGCUGAUAGCGGCGUCCAUCGACUUCAAGAGCCUCGCCGCCUUCAUCAUUAGCGAAGUGCUCCGCCAAGGCGCGGACUAUUCUCUGGAGGUGUAUGACGUCACCCCCACGGAUUUCCUCCCCAACUCCUCCACCCCGCUGGGCCCGCGCCUGCUGUACGGGGUGGGCGACUUGCCUCAAGGCGACCCCAUGCAAGUGGCCAAGCUCAUUCCGCCUUCCAACCAAACCAUGCUGCAGCCACACCGCCACAAGUCCGUACAGCAGAUCAACCUCACCGACACAUCAAGAUCGUACCAGCUCUGGUGCCGCUUUAGCGGCGCGGACGCGGUCGUCAGCUGGACAACCGUGCUGUUGGCGGUGGUGAUCGUGGUGGUGGCGGCGCUGCUGGCGGCUAUUGGAGUGAGUGUGGCGUGCAACACACGCGGCGUGCGGGAGAAGGUGGCGGCGCUGGCGAUGCUCAAGGAGAGAACGCAGGCGGCGGAGCGCAACAAGAGUGCCUUCAUCGCCAACACGGCGCAUGAGCUGCGCACCCCCAUCAUCGGCCUCAAGGGCAUGUUGGAGGAGCUGGCGGAGGAGGAGGUGGACGGGCGGCAGAGGGAGGACGUGGGGACGGCGGUGGGCGAGGUGGAGCGCAUCGUGGCGCUCAUCAACGUCGUGCUUGACGUCUCCAAGGCCGAGGCCGGCCGCCUCCACAUGGAGCACCUGCCCUUCCACACGCGCUCCUGGCUCAGGGACGCGCUGCACUCCCAUGCCUGCGCCGCCCACGCGCGCAACCUCAACUUCACAUGCCGUGUGGAUACGAGUGUGCCCGAGGUGCUGGAGGGGGACUACAUGCGCCUGCAGCAAGUGGUGGACAGCAUUGUUGACAACGCCAUCAAGUUCACGGCCAGUGGAAGCGUGUGUGUGCGGCUGCAGUGCCUUCCCCCCGACACCCACAUUCCCACCCACCUGCUCUCCCUCGGCUGCCUCGUCGCCGAACCCACCCGCGGCUGCUCCUCGCCCGCUGCUGCUGCUGAUGCUGCAAGUGUGGAGCAGGCAGCAGGGCCUUUCUCAUGGAGGGAGCAGGUGGAGCAGCGCGGGCUGCUGUGGGCCGUGAUGGGCAACUGGCAACCGCCGCUGCGCCAUCAGCUGUCCUCACUCAGCGCCCGCUUCUCCAUGAGCCCCUGGCGCAUCCCUCUGGGGGAAGGGGGGGGGGGAGGGGGAGGGGGAGGGGGAGGGGGAGGGGGAGGGGGAGGGGGAGGGGGAGGGGGAGGGGGAGGGGGAGGGGGAGGGGGAGGGGGAGGGGGAGGGGGAGGGGGAGGGGGAGGGGGAGGGGGAGGGGGAGGAGGGUGCGGAGCAAGGGGAGGAAGGGUGUAUUGCUGCAGAACACGAGUGCAGGGAAGAGCGGACCCAUGUGCUGCUGCCGGUGCAGGGGAUGCACGUGAGGGGGGUGCGCGUGAGGGGGAGACAAGUGGGAGGAGAGAUUGUGGGGUAGGUGGCACAUGUGAAGCAGGGAGUGUAGCAGCAGCAGGUGGCAGUGGCGGCAGGGGCACAUGGAGGGAUGCAGUGAGGAGCUGGUGGCAGGGGCCUGUUGAAGAGGAGAGCCCGGUGCUGCUGGGGGAUGCUGAGAGGCGGUGUGUGGUGCUGGUGACAUGUGAGGACACGGGGUGUGGCAUCGCAGAGGAGGAGCAGCGCGACGUGUUUCAGGCGUUCAUGCAGGCACACCAGAAAAGACACGCGCAUGGCGGCAGCGGCAUGAGCCUUCACUUGUCUCGCCAGCUGGUGUCCCUCUUAGGCGGCAGCAUGGGUCUGAUCAGCACAGAGGGCCUCGGCACCACUCUGCAUGUCGCUGUGCCCCUUGCUGCUACAGCAUCUCCUCCACCUCCUGCUACUUCCCCUGCUGCUUCCCCUGCUGCUCAUCCCACCACUUACUCUGCCCCAUCUGCUGCUGGUAGUGGUGCUGACGUGGGGGGCGAGCGCAGCCCCGUUGCGAGAGUGGGCAACAGAAGCUUGAGUGCGAGCGAGGGGCUGGGAUGUAGAAAGGCGGAGGGCACAAGCGUGGUGGAGAGGGCGGGUGAGAAGGUGGUGAGCGCCAAGGACGCUCUUAAGGAGCUGCUUCACGGCAUGGCUAUCCUGGUGGUGGACGACAAUUUGAUCAACCGGCGGGUGGCAGCGAGCACGCUGGCGCGGUACGGGGCGGAGGUGGCGCUGGCAGAGUCGGGCGAGGCGGCGCUGCGCCUGCUGCAGGCAACCCACUCCUUCCGCCUCGUGCUCAUGGACCUCCUCAUGCCCGGCCUCGAUGGUUUCCAGACCACCGCCCGCCUGCGCGCCCACGAGGCCGCCACUCAGAUGGCUCGGGAAGAACAGGGAGAACAGGGGUUGCAGCGCAUGCCAGUGGUGGUGGAGAGUGGGGCAGAGGGCGGGGACGGGGAGGGGGGAUGGCAGCCGCAGCAGCGCGUUCAUGUGGUGGCCAUGUCAGCAGAUUUGGACAGUGCUGUUGCUGCCCUUGCCACAGAGGCUGGCAUGGAUGGAGCCGUGCAGAAGCCUCUCAAUGAGAGAGUGCUGCUGCAGGUGCUCUCAACACUGUUUGUGAAGAGACGGAGGUACAGAACCCACUCGAUGUACUAA